GUUUGAACAGAGUAUGGAUUUUUGAAACUUUGAUUAACAAUAAUUCAGAACCAUUCUCCAACCUUCUGCUUCAUCAUGUUUUAAAUCGAAGUGGGAUCAUCUUCUGUUCCUUCUUCAUACAACGGUUCUUGAAUAACUUCAAUAUCUUCUUUUUGAGAGAAGAUACAAGUGUUUCAAGAAAGUAUAGAUUUUAAUUUUCAAUAACAAUAAUUCAGAACCUAUAUCUACCUAUCUUAGGGGUAGUGACCUCUAGAGGCUCAUUCGCCUUCGCCCAGCCUUGUCAGAUACUCUUCAAAAGCUACAAUUCGCCCUUCAAGGAGAAUUUUGAGCAACUCUUCAAGGCUACUUGAGUAAUUUGAUCAAUUCGAUGCCACGGCGGUUGAAUGCUGUAAAUCAAUAUCGAGGAGAGCAUACUCAUUAUUGGCAAAGGUGUGCUUCUUGUUUGUUUUUUGUAAUCAAUUUUCCUGUAAGUGUUAAGAAAGUGAGAUAGAAAUAUGUGAUAUUAAUCCUUGAAGUUGUUAAUCAAUAAGUUCAUGUCUGUAUCAUUUACCAGUCGAAGUUUUGUCCAAUCGUCAUCAACAUGUGGUUACUUGUUCUGAUCACGCUAUCCAUAGCGUUAUUUUAUUAUUUGAUAACAAUUAAUUUGAAUUAUUGGAGAAAGAGAUUCGUACCUGGACCUGAUCCAUGGCCUCUGGUAGGAAAUAUCGGUCCGAGCUUCAUUGGGAGGCUUUCAGCAGGAGAAAUAUUCACAAAAAUAUACAGGGAAUAUGAGGGGUAUCCGUUUGUGGGAAUAUUCCGAGCUACUAGUCCUGCCUUGAUCGUUAGAGAUCCAGAUUUCGUGAAGAAUAUAACAGUCAAAGACUUCAACCACUUUCAGGAUAAUGACAUUCAUAUCGACAAGGAGACUGAUCCGAUAUUCGGAAGAAAUCCGUUCGUACUGAAAGGAACUGAAUGGAAGACCACACGAGCACAAUUGACUUCUUGUUUUACGUCAGGAAAGAUGAAAGGUAUGUAUCCGUUGAUUUGUAAAUCUAGUGAGAGAAUGGUGCGAUAUGUAGAAGACGAAACUUCGAAGUCAUCGACGAUGGAAAGUAGAGAACUUUGUAUCAGAUUCACUUUGGACAACGUUGCCAGUUGUGCGUUCGGCCUCGAAGGCAGAUGUUUCGAUGAACCCUAUUCCAGUUUCAGGCGGAUGGCUGAUGAGUUUCUCUCACCUGAUAAUUUCUGGAUGUCGAUCAAAACUACUGUUCUUUUCCUCAUCCCAGCAUUGGCAACGUUCCUCAAAAUUAAAUUAGUAUCAGACCAGACGACACAGAAACUACUGGACAUAGUUACAGCUACUUUGAAACAAAGAAAAGAAAACAACAUCGUCAGGAAUGAUUUUCUUGAAUAUGUCAGUCAACUCAAAGAUGGCUCCAACGUAUUCACAGAUUUGGAUAUGACGGCACAUGCGGCUAGUUUUUUCGGAGAUGGCUAUGAAUCAAGCUCUAGGGUUAUGAGUUUUCUGUUAUUCGAGUUGGCGAGAAAUCCACGGGUGCAGGAAAAACUAAGGCAGGAAAUAUUAGAAUCAUACAUGAAAAAUAAUGAUUCUUUUUCCUAUGAAUCCAUCCAUGAAAUGUCAUAUUUGGAUGCUUGUUUCAACGAGAAUAUGCGAAAGAACUCCAUAGUCCAUCAACUCACGAAAGUUUGUACGGAGAAAUACACUUAUACUCCAACCGAUCCGGAAUUUAAGAAAGUCACGGUGACCGUGGAAGCCGGAACACCCAUCAUAAUUCCUCUCACAGGAUUGCAGAAUGAUCCGAAAUAUUUCGAAUCACCGGACGAAUUCAAGCCCGAGAGGUUCUUAGAUAAAGAAAAUAUCCAGAAAUAUACCUAUCUACCAUUCGGCGAAGGUCCGCGAGUGUGUCUUGGUCAACGUUUUGGUGUAACCCAAAUAAAAGUAGGACUAGUGCACUUGCUGAAAAAUUAUAGAGUGACGGUGAAUCAGAAAACGCAACUUCCUCUGAAAUACGAUCCUUGGUACAUUAUGUUACAUGCUAUAGGAGGUCUAUGGAUUGACCUACAUAAAGUUGAAUGAACGAUUUCGGCACCUAUCACAUAAAAUAGGUUAUGUGGAUAAGGUUUUGUAUAACAUUAUGUAAUUAAUCCAAAAUUCUAAUAAAUAAUCAUUACUAUAAUUUUUCAAUACUUUGUGUAUGCUGUAAUAUAUAUCCCAAAGAAAAUGUGUAGGAUAGGAGAAAG